AUGCUUCGGUGGUUACAGAUGUUUCGAAUCUGCAGUGUUCAACCAUGUCAUAUGCAGAGAAAUUAUGUAGCUGGUUUUCGUUCUUUACAUACAGCGAAAAUGGAUUCAAGAGAAAACCAAAUAGUGAAAAACCAACAGCAUCCAGUUAUGUCCCAAAAUGUCGUCGUAAUGAGGCACAGUGAACGCCUCGAUAACGUUGAGCCAUUAUGGAUAUCCACAUCCACACGACCGUGGGAUCCGCCACUGACUCAGUCGGGUCGGGUUCUAGCAUUCCAAACGGGUCAAGGUAUCCGAAAGAGCCUCGGAUUCCCGAUUCAUCGACUCUUUGUUUCUCCUUUUCUACGUUGCGUCCAAACUGCCGCAGAAAUUGUUACUGCUCUCUCUGCCGAUAACGAUAUCGAUGGAAGUGUCAGCCGUGACGACAUUUCUGCUGAUCCUUCAGAAUUCAAGGUAUCUAUUGAGAAUGGAUUGUGUGAAAUGCUAAACACAAUAGCUAUUCGGAUCAACGUUGCUCCAAAAGAUGGAAACUUUAGUUUUGAUAUUUCACAGCUUGAAACCAUGUUCCCAAAUGGAACUGUGGAUAAUAAUCAUGUAGAUAUGGUGUAUAAGGAGCUACCUAAAUGGGAAGAAUCAGUUUCACAAGCAAAUGUUAGAUAUCAACAAACAAUUACAAGCCUUGCAGAUAAAUAUCCUAAUGAAAACUUGUUGUUUGUUACACACGGGGAAGGAAUUCAAGUGGCUCUUUCUUCGUACACAAAAGAUGUUGUGGAACAUAAAGUGAAAUAUUGUGGUUAUGUACAACUUAGACGUCCUAUCUAUAAAAAUGAUCAGUCUUUUAUCGGUGGAAAGUUCAAUUUACUAACUCAUAUUGGUCAAAAUGGGGUAAACUAUAUUUCCUCACAAGAACUUUGA